CGCACAGUAAACGACAAAAAGCUCAAGCAUAAAAACCCAAACCUUCUCUGCUUUCUAAACAUUUCAAGAACCUUGAGAACAUCAAAAACUAACACAGAAAGAAAAAAAACAGUUCCUGUUCUAUUAGAUUGUUUUCUAAAUUGUCUGAAAAUCAUGGAAGUAACUUCCCAAUCUACCCUCCCUCCAGGGUUCAGAUUUCAUCCUACCGACGAAGAACUCAUCGUUUACUAUCUUCGAAACCAGACCAUGUCUAAACCAUGCCCUGUCUCCAUCAUCCCAGAAGUUGAUAUCUACAAAUUCGACCCAUGGCAAUUACCCGAGAAAACAGAGUUUGGAGAAAAUGAGUGGUAUUUCUUCAGCCCUAGAGAAAGAAAAUAUCCAAACGGAGUCAGACCAAACCGGGCAGCUGUUUCCGGUUAUUGGAAAGCAACCGGUACAGACAAAGCCAUUCACAGCGGUUCAAGUAACGUAGGUGUCAAGAAAGCUCUAGUCUUCUACAAAGGUAGACCUCCUAAAGGAAUCAAAACUGACUGGAUCAUGCAUGAGUAUCGUCUCCAUGAUUCACGUAAAGCAUCAACGAAACGUAACGGUUCCAUGAGGUUAGAUGAAUGGGUACUGUGUAGGAUAUACAAGAAGAGAGGAGCAAGUAAGCUUCUGAAUGAGCAAGAGGGUUUCAUGGACGAAGUACUAAUGGAGGAUGAGACAAAAGUUGUAGUUAACGAAGCAGAGAGAAGAACUGAAGAAGAGAUAAUGAUGAUGACGUCGAUGAAACUUCCAAGGACGUGUUCGCUGGCUCAUUUGUUGGAAAUGGAUUACAUGGGACCCGUCUCUCACAUUGAUAAUUUUAGUCAGUUCGAUCAUCUUCAUCAACCUGAUUCGGAGUCUAGUUGGUUCGGGGACCUUCAGUUUAACCAAGACGAGAUCUUAAACCAUCAUCGUCAAGCGAUGUUUAAGUUUUAGUGAUGGGGUCAGUAAAAAAGAAGAAGAAACAAGAAAAGAUGUGCUUGAAAAGUUACUUUGGUAGAUAUUUGGUUAGUUUGGGUACAUGAAUGAAAAUUGUAAAAUAUUAUAACUAAAACCCAAUGGGAUUUUAUAUUUCUCCCAUAUGAAUGUGAAAUGAAAAACAAUGUUUAAUUAAAAAUUAAGUUGUUUCAGCAUGAUAAGACGAAGUCACGAAGUUGAUUUACAUUACGAACUAAUAAAACAAAAGACUUUUGUAACUUACGAUGUUUUUAAAAUGAUAAAAAGAGAG